AAUUGCGAAGUUGCGACUAUAUUUGUAAUCACAAUAUAUCGCACGAAAUACGUUUAUUUUUAAUUUUUGAUUGUUUUUAAUCAAAUUUUAUAUUUUUAAUAUGUCUUUAAAUACGGCGCAUGCUGAUCAUGGAGUGUUAAUACAUGCCCAAGAAUGCAUUAUUUUGUUCUCUGACAAUGUAACAGUUGAAUUUUAUGGCAAUGACACAGCAGAAUUCAAAGGAACUAAAAAUGGACGAAUGUACCUUACCACUCAUCGCAUGAUCUAUAACUCCAAAAACAAUUCAGACCCUAUGAGAUCAUUUAGCUUUCCAUUUAUAACAUUAGAAGAUGUUACAGUGGAGCAACCUAUGUUUGGUGCUAAUUACAUAAAGGGAAAGGUUACAGCUCAACCUAAUGGCAACUUUAUUGGUCAAGUAAAGUUCAAAUUGAUAUUUAAAUCUGGAGGAGCUAUAGAAUUUGGGCAAGCUAUGUUGAAAGCCGCACAUCUUGCAUCACGUCACAGUGGUCCCGAUGCCGCUCCGCCGCCGUACACGCCGCCCACAGGCCCGUGGUACGCGGCUCCACCACCGGCGUAUGCGCCGCCGCCGCAGGGAUACUACGGAUGGGUGCCGCCCUACACAGCUUUCCCUGAUCAGCCACCGCCGAACUCUGUAUUUGUAACGAAUACCCCACCGCCAUAUCCGGGAGUGGCCGGUGCGAGUUACCCGGCCGGGACUGGAUUCUCGGGGGCUGCUUCGCCUCCAGGUGGGGGCUUUGCCUCCGGAGCGCCGGGUUACCCGGGCGCCCCACCGGGAUAUCCGGGUAACGCGUCCGCUCCACCCGGCUAUCCCGGUGGAUUCGCGCCGCCCACAGGAGCUGCCGGCAUGUCUUCUAGGGAUGCUAAAGCUGCAGAAGCAGCUCAAAGCGCAUACUACGAUCCGAACAGGCCCCAAACAGCGUAUGUGCCGCCGCCUUAUGAUCAGCCCCCGACUUACCAAGAAUCUACGUCAAAGAAAGAAAAUUAAUGCACUGUCCACACUACCAUAUGUCCAAGGAUGAUGCGGGUGGUGAUGUUGGCAAUAUAUGAUCAGAAAAUUCCACAAGUUAUAUUUUAUGACAUCCCUUUUUUAGCUGGCUAUAUUUAAAUAUGAUUAAAAUUACAUUCCCAGUGGAUAAUUGUAAAGGCGUUGGGUAUAAUUUAAACUUCAGAUAUUUCGUAUUUAGAGUGCGACGCACGAAAUAUUUUGUUUUUUUUUAAAAAAAAAAGAUCCGUGUAAAAAUCUAUUUUGGUAUUAAGGAUGCUUUUAACUUCGCAACCUAUGUAUUUUGUGUUCAUUAUUUAUCUAUUUGUAAAUAUAGCUAGAUACUGUGAUAAUAAACAAUUGCAAAAUAUGUUUAUGUAUGUUAGAGCAAACAAAGAAAAGUGUUAUUAAUUAAUGUUACAUUUAUGUAAGCUAUUUACGAUUUCGAGGAUCGAGAGCGAAGUCGUGGAUUUAUUAUUUUCAAAGUAAUUGAAAUUU